AUGUUGUUCUCUCCAAUCUUUGCUCUGGUAGCUUUGGCCCUACAGGUCAGAGCACUGUCUAUACCAUCGAGCUCGUCUUCUCUACCCUCAUCUUCUAUACCAGUGCUUGCGUCUUCUUCAACAGCUGUAGCAGAGGCUCAACUUGCAAUAUUGGCCAAGACUGCACUUGAAAAUGCCAAGAAGAAUAUUCAAAAUGACAAUUGUACACCAAAAAAAAUGCGUGUUCGUCGCGACUGGAGGGCGUUCUCUUCUUUACAAAAGAAGGCCUAUAUCAAGUCAGUUCUUUGUCUCCAAAGCUUGCCUUCACGGACUCCGUCAAUACUAGUACCGGGAGCCAGAACUCGAUAUGACGAUUUCGUCGCUACUCAUAUCAAUCAAACUUUACAUAUCCAUUUCACGGGAACAUUUUUGGGAUGGCAUCGGUGGUUUAUUUACAACUUUGAGUCAGCCUUGCACGAUGAAUGUGGCUAUACUGGCGAUUAUCCGUAUUGGACUUGGGCCGCCGAUGCUGGAUCAAUGGAGAAAUCCCAAGUCUUUGAUGGAAGCGACACCUCCAUGUCUGGGAACGGGGCAUACGUUGCCAACAGAUCCGACGUGAUAUUAUCACUAGGAGCAAAUGCACCAAUUUAUCUCCCGCCUGGAAGUGGAGGAGGUUGUGUGACCAGUGGUCCAUUCAAAGACUAUAAAGUCAACUUGGGCCCAGAAGCACUCGCGCUUCCUGGAAACCUAACUGCCACCUCAGUAAACCCGUUCGACUAUAACCCCCGCUGCCUGAAAAGGGAUCUGACUACGAAGAUCCUGCAGAAAUGGGGAAAUUAUACGUCAAUUGUCGACCUAAUCCUUGCCAAUAAUGACAUUUGGGACUUUGAGAUGGUUAUGCAGGGUGUUCCUGGUAGCGGAAGCAUUGGUGUUCAUGGUGCCGGCCACUACUCUAUGGGUGGUGACCCUGCCCGAGAUGUCUAUGUCAGUCCUGGUGAUCCAGCAUUCUGGCAUCAUCACGGUAUGAUUGAUCGUACGUGGUGGAUAUGGCAAAACUUGGAUUUGAAGAAUCGUCAGAAUGCCAUCUCUGGUACUGGUACUUUUUUGAAUUCGCCGGUAUCUCCCAACACGACUCUUGAUACUGUCAUCGAUAUAGGAUACUCCAAUGGGGGGCCCAUUGCUAUGCGUGAUCUGAUGAGCACUACCGGGGGGCCAUUCUGCUAUGUGUAUGUGUAA